AUGACCGCCUCCGCCAAAACCAUCUGCUCCAUCUGCUACGAAGACCUCAACCCCGUCGCCGAGGAUCUCCAAUCCAUCUCCAUCUGCGGCCAUGUCUUCCACGAGCUCUGUUUGCAGCAGUGGUUCGAGUACUCGUCCAACAACAAGUGCAGCUGCCCGGUGUGCAAGCAGAGCUGCAAGCCCAACGACGCCGGCCGGCUUUAUUUCCAGUCGGUGGAUCCGAGCUCGACGCAGAGAGCGGUUCUUGAGCGUGGGGAGGACACCGAGGCGUUGCGUCAGGAGGUGCAGCGGUUGGAGUCCAAGACGGUUGUGCUUAAUUCGGCAUUGGACCGCCAGGGGCAGAGUCUUAAGGAGUUGACUGAGGAGCUUUGUUUAUGCAAGGAGCAGGCUAAGAAAGAAGUAGCAUUAAAGAAUGAUGCAGUUGCAUCAAAGAAUGAAGCUUUGAAACAACAAGCAUCCCUGGAACGGAUGCUUCAUAUGAAAUCUGGGGAGAUUGAUAAAGUGACAACAGAGUGCUUGAGGUUGCAAGAAAAGAAUAUGAAACUGGCAAAGGAGCUUGCAGCAUUCAAAUUGGUAUCUGACUUUGAUCUGAAAGAAGAGGAUGUGUUAAACUAUGCAGCUCUUGGUAAUGGGGUGAACAACAAAGAAUCGAUAGAUAGCCUAAAAAGGUCCCUGUUAUCACGUGAAAGAUACAAUGAAUUGAUGAAAAAGCAUAGAGAUCUUGCGCAAGAAAAGGCUCGAUCUAAUGAAGAACUAGAGAAGGUUAAAGAAAAGAUGAAUACAUUAAAGACAAGGGUGCAAGAAUUGGACAGUGCAGUUGAAGUCAAGGACAAUGAAGUUUUGAGGGCUUUAAAAGCUUCAAGGCAAACUCGAGGGGAAAGAGUUAUUCAGAAUAAUGUUAGUUGUAAAUAUGAUUCUGUGUCUGUCAACAAUUCAUCAGAAGAUCAAAGCAAACAGUUUGCUCCAAUGCAUAAAUUGGAUAGGAUUGGAAACUUCCAUACUGAUCCACUGUGCCAGACAGUACACUUCAAUUUCAUUAGCCCUAUGGAUGCAAAUUCUACUAAAGAUGGUACAAGUACCAGUGCUCAUGAUGAAGAAAGAGAUAUGGUCUCUUUAAUUGAUGAUGAUGCUUCAAAAUUUUCCACAACUAGACAUGGACUUUCAAAUGCCAAUGUGAAAGACCCACUCUGUGAGCGUAGUACUAGCCAGAAGUCUAGCAUGUUGAGAUCAGGGGUAGGUUCUGAUUCAACCAAUGAAACUUCAGUCUGUAGGCCAAGAAAGCUGGAAGAGCCUUUGGCCUCAGUUACUGGUAAAAUGACUCAUAUCGCUGAGCCUCCUGCUGCUGAUGUUGUAAUUCUUGAUGAUGUAGAAGAAGUUUGCCCGGUGCUUAACAUUAUAAAGGAAUCUCCCAUCACACAAGCACUUCCCAGACCAGGGGAUGCAGGCUCUUCUGGUGGCUUGCUUGGUCUUGAUGGAGCAAACAGGUUGGGAAAAUGGUGCAAGCAGAGUGUAAACAAUGGAUCUGUAACAAGGCAAGACUCAGCGGCACAUAACAGUCAUUUGAUUGCUGUAGGAACUGACGGAAGAGGUGGAAGAAUCAAAGUUCUGAGAUCUCAUAAUCAAUCAACAAUGGAUAGUAAGUCGAAUUCACGGGCACCAAAGAGAUGCAAAUAUGGAGCUAAGACAAAUAGCAUGCAGUCCCAAGGGAACUUGCAAAUGGAACACUUCUUCGGAAGAUCUGGUAAAUAA